AUCCUCAUCUCUACAAUCCCCUAAUUCAAAGCCCUAGUUCUUCCACUUUGUUUCUUCAAUGAGUUCUGGUUCCUCCUUCCUCCAGCAUAAUCGAGCUAUUCGAGUAAUGCUACUUUCUCUCAAGUCUCAGGUAAUUUCAUAUCAGUCUUGAUAUGUGGUGCAUUAUAAAUUCAAAAAUUGUUCUUUUGUUGUUUUAUCCAAGGUUGCAAUAUGCUAAAGUUGCAAACUUUAUGACAUGAGGGUUAUCAAGAAGUACAAAACAAGAUUAAAAAGAUCAAAUUUGAGAUGGGUUUUUGUGGGUUUUCAUGGAAAAGUUGAUUAGAGUUAGUUUAGUUUGGGAAGACUAAUGAGUUCUUCUAUACUUCCUAAACAUGUAGUGGCUGUUGUAAGGCAUCAAAAAGACCCCUUGAGGGCACUCGAGAUGUUCAAUUCUGUGAGAAAAGAAGAUGGUUUUAAGCAUAAUUUGGUAACUUAUAAAUGCAUCAUUGAAAAGCUUGGUAAUCAUGGAAAAUUUGAGGCCAUGGAAGGUGUGAUGGCAGAUAUGAGAGCGAAUGUCGAUAACCAUCUAAUGGAAGGGGCUUAUGUUAGUGCCAUUAGAAAUUAUGGUAAAAAGGGGUUGAUCCAAGAGGCUGUUAAUGUGUUUGAGAGGAUGGAUUUUUACAACUGUGAGCCCUCGGUUCUGUCGUAUAAUGCCAUUAUGAAUAUCUUGGUUGAGUAUGGGUAUUUUAAUCAGGCCCAUAAAGUGUAUAUGCGAAUGAGAGAUAAAGGGGUUGAACCUGAUGUUUAUACGUUUACGAUUAGGAUGAAGUCGUUUUGUAGGACAAAUAGGCCUGGAGUGGCUUUAAGGCUUCUAAGAAAUAUGCCUGGACAAGGUUGUUAUGUUAAUGCUGUUUCUUACUGUACUGUAAUUGGUGGAUUUUACGAAUCAAGUUAUCAGUUUGAGGCGUAUGAAUUGUUUGAUGAGAUGCUUCAGCUUGGAAUUAUUCCCAAUGUUGAAACAUUUAAUAAGCUCAUGCACAUACUUUGUAAGAAGGGGGAUAUUCGACAUAGUGAAAGGCUUCUCAAUAAGGUGCUCAAGAGGGGUGUAUCCCCCAAUCUUUUUACGGUUAAUAUUGUUAUUCAAGGCCUUUGUAAAAGGGGCUUGCUUGAUGAGGCUGAGAGAAAGUUUGAUAGUGUGACAAGAGAAGGUUUAGCUCCUGAUGUUGUUACAUUCAACACCCUUAUCUCUGGCUUGUGUAAGAACUCAAAGGUUUUAAAAGCUGAGUCCUAUUUGCAUAAAAUGGUGAAUACUGGGUUUGAGCCUGAUAUUUUCACCUACAAUACUCUCAUUGAUGGAUUUUGCAAAAUGGGCAUGGUACCAAAAGCUGACAAAAUUCUCAAAGAUGCAGUUCAUAAAGGAUUCAUGCCUGAUGAGUUUACUUACUGCUCUCUCAUUUAUGGACUAUGUGGUGAUGGUGACACCGACAGGGCCAUUGCUGUAUUUGAUGAAGCCAGGCGAAAAGUUAUAAAGCCCAGUAUAAUUCUGUACAAUACAUUAAUCAAAGGGUUGUCUCAACAGGGGAUGAUUCUGGAAGCGUUGCAUCUUAUGAAUGAAAUGCCAGAGAAAGGCUGCAAGCCUGAUAUAUGGACUUAUAAUUUGAUUAUAAAUGGGUUGUGCAAAAUGGGAUGUGUAUCGGACGCCAUGAAUAUCAUGAAUGAUGCAAUCUCCAAAGGGUUUCUUCCUGACAUUUUUACCUUCAACACUAUUAUAGAUGGUUACUGCAAACAGUUAAAGAUGGCUGAUGCACUUGAGAUUGUAAAUACCAUGUGGGAGCAUUGCGUUACUCCUGAUGUAAUCACUUACAACACGCUGUUGGAUUGCCUCUGUAAAACUUCAAGUCCCGACAAUGUGAUGGAAUUAUUCAAGUCAAUGAAGGAGAAGGGUUGUGUUGCUAACAUUAUCACAUUCAACAUUGUUAUUGAAAGCUUGUGCAAGUCUAGAAAUCUCACUGGAGCUUUGGAAAUGCUUCAAGAAAUGGAAAACGCUGGUGUGUGUCCUGAUGUUGUGAGUUUUGGGACAUUACUUAAUGGAUUCUGUGAAGAUGGGGACUUGGAUGGAGCCUCUGAGCUGUUCAGGAGAAUGAUAGAGCAAUAUAGUAUAUCCCAUACAACUGCAACAUACAAUAUUGUUAUAAAUGCAUUCUGCAAGAAUUUAAAUAUGGGCAUGGCUGAAAAGCUAUUCCGAGAGAUGAGUGACAGAGACUGCCACCCAGAUAACUUCACUUAUCAGUGUAUGAUAGAUGGUUUUUGCAAAAUUGAUGACACUGAUUCUGGAUUUUCUCUUCUCCAUGAGAAGGUCAAGAGUGGAUUCAUUCCAGCAGUUAAAACCUUUGGACGAGUUUUAAAUUGUCUGUGCUUGAAGCAUAGACUUCGGGAAGCAGUUGAUGUUAUCUUCCUUAUGGUACAAAAAGGUGUUGUUCCUGAUAUUGUGAACACAAUUUUUGAGGCCGAUAAAAAGUUUGUAGCAGCUCCUAAGAUUGUUGUAGAAGACUUAUUGAAGAAGGGCCAUAUUACUUACUAUGCAUAUGAACUCUUGUAUGAUGCAAUUAGAGAUAAGAAGCUUUUGAAGAGAAAGCUACCGAGUAAAAGUUCAAAUGGUUCCAGAGACAACUUUUCUAAAUCAUUUGAUGGGCUUUUUGAUCAGAAGGAAGCAGUGCAGAUAUGAGGCACCCAAUUCAGAGACUGUAGCUAUCUCCAACAGUGAUAUGGGAUGCUUAGUUCUACUGCCAUCCGGUCGAAGUGACAAUCAGACAAUGGGUGAUUCAAGCACAUGGUGCAAAGUCAUCCAACUGAGAGAUUAUCUGCUCCUUUAGAAUGGAUAGCUCAGUCUCAUAGGUUUAUUUUCUAAUUAUUCAUUUGGAUGACAGCUGGACUAUGAUGCCAGUUGAAAUCUUGCCACAGCAUUGAAUAAAACUGGGCCUGUGAAUCUUGACUGUGUUAGGUUAGUUCCCCAUUGAUGGCAGUACCUCUAAAACGGCACUCAAUGAUAAUAAUUAUAAUAAAAGGGAUUAAAACACAUGGAGGAGUAGCUUAGGCAUCUGCUGCUUAAGUUUGAUUUAUGUAAACAGAAAUGAAGAAAAGAUACAUUUAGUGGAGUUCUUGAUUAAGUUUUUCUCUUUUACUCUCUCUGUGAGAGAUUAUCUGCUCCUUUAGCAUGGAUAAUAGGUAAUAGCUCUGUCUUAUAGGUUUGUUUUCUAAUUAUUCAUUUGGAUGACUGCUGGGUAUGAUGCCAGUUGAAAUCUUGCCACAGCAUUGAAUAAAAGUGGACCUGUGAAUCUUUACUGUCUUAGAUUAGUUCCCCAUUGAUGGUAGUACCUCUAAAAUGGCACUCAUUGAUAAUAAUUAUCAUAAAAGAGAGUAAAAUACAUGGAGGAGUGGCUUAAGCAUCUGCUGCUUAAGUUUAAUUUAUGUAAACAGAAAAUGAAGAAAAGAUACAUUUAGUGGAGUUCUUGAUUGAGUUUUUUCUCUGUUACUCCCUUUGUCUUGCUGAAUUGUCAUGUUUUCCUUUGUGACCUGUCCCAAAAUUUACGUGAUUUACCAAAUUUAGCAACAAUUUUCUUGCUUUUUUUCCAUUUAACCUCUUGUGGACUGGUAACAGUGACAUUACAUCAUUGUUGUGGGCCCUCUCCAUGUCAUUCAAUCCAAUAACAAGUUGUUAGAUACGCACGCAUGACUUAACAAAAUUAUAUGAAGUUAAUCAGCAUAAUAAAACAUAGAUAUAUGCUUUGUUCUUGCUGAUGGAUAUUGUGAUGACAAAUAUGUGAUGUUGGCCUGAUGUCUGUUUCCCAACUUCACCACUAGAGAAGCAUUUUAAUCUAUUUCAUAUUCAAAUUCAGAUGUUGAAGGACAAAAGUGGAAAUGAAGCAAAUUAAACGCCUUGUGUGCAACUGCUGAAAAGAAAAGCACAAGUCCCUGAAGACGACAAUGUUUAUGGGACAGAGAUCAAUGUUGCAGAUGAGAGCACACAGACAUAAUUGCAUGGAUACCUGCAUGGCCAUUAGCAAAGCAUAUCAGAUGAUUGCUAUUGAUGGUUUAUGAGAUCUUAUUGAAAUGUUCGACACAAUUUCUGGGGAUUCCUUGUGCAUACCAUUAUGCACUCGUCUCUUUGCAGGAACUUGGAGGUAGAUGAGUGCUUUUCGGUACUCGAUCAAGUGAGCUGGCAUGUAGAUUUUGAUUGAUACUUUAGCAUGUAGUUGUCAAUGCUUGUAACUUUGUAUACUACUCUUACGGUAUAAGAAGAGAUGCAGAAACUUGAGUGGGUUGAGGAAUGAAUCAUAUCGAUCUAGCUUUUGGUGCAUCAAGGAAACAGAGGUUAUCAAAUUGGGUAAGCCUGGAAAACUGUGGUCCCAGAUGGUAGCUUAUGCGUAGCUGUACCACUUGUGAUUGGUAAAAGCUGAAAUCCAGAAGAACAAAUCAUCCACAUGUACUCAGUCAUCAGUAGUUACUGAAAAAAGAAAUGUACAACAACAUUGUCCUAUGGUGUUUGGAACCAGAUAGGCUGCACAGGUACUUAAACAUAUUCUGGAGCUUUAAAUUGUUUUGCUUUCCUAAAAAUGUAAUAACUUGAACAAUGGUAGACUAGACACAACUUUGAUGACCUUAAAGGAACAGAAGCCAUCUUGCUUUAUUAGCUUGAAUAUGCAGUUGACUGGAUGAAGUUGUUGAGAAAAUAUUCUUAUUGCAUGACUCAUUUGUAGAGAACAACCAUCUUUGUCCUUGUUCUGGCAUCAAACUAAACACAAUUCUUUUUGCA